AUGGCCGCCGAACGCACAAACGUCUCUAACGACCUGAUCUGGCUGAUCACCCGCAACCAGAAUUCUUAUCUGGUUCGCCGUAACGCCGGCGGUGGCUCCCAGUUCUCCCGGGACCCUCUGAACCUGGUGAACAAGCACUCGUUCAAGUAUGCCGGUUACGCCAACACCAAGGCCGUCGGCAUUCAGGGUGCCGAGAACGGUGACAUCACCGUGACCACCAAGAAGCCCAGCAACCCUCAGCAGCCCGGCAAGAACCAGGUCACCGUCAACUACGGCCCCAAGACCGCAACCCGCAAGCUCUACAAGGGUGUUGCCAACAAGACCGCCCAGAACGGCUACCGUGCCGAUCUCCGUGAGGAGGCUGUUGCCCGUGUGAGCGCCCUCCGCCGCUCGCAGCAGCCCAAGAAGGACGCCCCUGCCCAGAAGCCCCGUGGCGCCAAGGCCCGCCAGGCUGCCGAGAAGGACUCUGAGUAA